AUGGAUGAUGAAAGUGAUAUGGAAGACCAAAUACUAGAGGUAGUUGUGCUUUCGGAUUCAGAGGAUGAUAUUGGUGAUGUGAGGGAGGAUACAGUUGAGGAGAACCAAGACCCGGUUCAAAGUGACAGAAAUAGGAAAGGAAAGCAAGUUGAUGUGAGGGAAAAUACAUCUGAGGAUAGCCAAGACAAAGUUCAAGCUGAUGUGAGGGAAAAUACAGCUGAGAAGAGCCAAGACAAAGUUCAGCGUGACAAAAAAGGGAAAGGAAAGCAAAGUGAUGAAGAUUUCAUAUUGGAGGAGGAAGAGUUUGAGCAAGAUGUUGAAGCUGAGAUAGAGAUGGGUACACAGUCUGACCCUAGGAAGUGGUGGCGAUCAGUUUCAGAUUUUUGUACUCAAAAUCUUGAUGAUGGAGACUCAGAUGGUAUAUGUUCUGAGGAGGAGUUACACGAAUUGAAGUCAGAUGAUGAGUUUGAUGCUGGUGAUCGAGAAUAUGUAUUUAUUUUCAAUGAUUCAAAUAGAGUUAGAGUUAAGUGCAAGGGUGCAAACUGUGAGUGGAUGUUGUUUGCUUCAAUAGUUAACAAGAUAGAUGGCAAAACAAUGAGGGUCAAAACACUUGUUGACAAGCAUAGUUGUGGCAUUGUUUUGGACAAUAAAAAGCUGACCUCAACUUGGCUUGCAAAGCACUUUUUGGAGCAAUUUAGGCUAAAUCCGAGUAUGGAAUACAAUGCAUUUAGGGAGAUAACUGCAAAGACCAAGUACUCACGUGUGUCUAGCUGGACAUUUUACAGGGCCAGGACAAAAGCAAGGAAGAUGUUGGAUGGGUCUGUCAAGGAACAAUACGCCAUUCUUGAUGAAUACUGUAAAAGGUUGUUGGCUACCAAUCCCAACUCUACUGUGAAGUUGAAAACUGAUUUGGUUAAUGGGAGAAGGCAAUUUCAGCGUAUUUAUAUUUGUCUUAAGGCAUGUAGAGAUGGCUGGUUGGGGGGUUGUAGACCUCUAAUUGGUCUUGAUGGCUGCUUUUUAAAAGGAUAUUGUAGAAGCAUUUUAUUGGCUGCAGUAGGCAUUAACGGUAACAACUCCAUGUUUCACAUUGCCUACUGUGUUACUGAAAAGGAAAACACUGAGGUUUGGACUUGGUUCUUGGAGCUAUUGAAGGCUGAUAUUGGGAGUUUGAGUCCCACCAAGGUGACAAUGAUGAGUGAUCGUCAAAAAGGAUUAGAAAAUGCAGUGGGAGCCAUCUUUAGUGGGUCUAAUACUACAACACAAGCUGAGUUUGCUCGAGCAAUGCAAGAAGUCAAGGAUGUCUCAGAUGGUGCUUACAAUUGGCUGGCCGGGAAGAACCCCACAGAAUGGACUAAGUCACAUAUUUCAGAGUACCCAAAAUGUGACAUUUUGGUGAAUAAUUUGUGUGAGAGUUUCAAUGCAGCCAUACUUGAUGCUCGCGACAAGCCAAUUAUAACUUUACUAGAGAAAAUUAGAUUUUGGUUGAUGUCUCAGUUUUAUAACAAAAAAUCUGAGUUGGAGAAGAUGACUCAACCUGUGGGGAAGAGAAUUUUGAAGAUAAUUGAGAAGCAAAAAGAGGUUGCAAAGCAUUGUCUGGUUACUAGGUCUGACAAGUUUCAGUUUCAGGUUCAAUGCAGCAAUGGUAGUGCCUUGGUUGUCGAUUUGGAAUUCAGAACUUGUACAUGUAGGAGGUUUCAACUAUCUGGGCUUCCUUGUGGCAAUGCACUAGCUACUAUCUGGUUCAUGGGAGGUAAUGUCUUUGAUUAUGUCCACGGAUUCUAUAAAAAAGAAUCAUUGCAAAAAGCAUAUGAACAGAGUGUGCAUCCUAUGCCUAGUCCAGAUAUGUGGCCUCAGACAGGACUCAACCCAAUUGAUCCACCACCUGAGACGAAGCUGCCUGGAAGACCUAAGAAAGCUAGGAGAAGGGAGACAGAUGAACCUCCACCUGCUUUAAAGAAAGCUCAAAGAACUGGACAAGUUAAAACAUGCAACAAUUGUCUGAAAACAGGCCACAUGAGAGAAACAUGCAAAUCUGCUAAGGUGGUUGAGAAUCAUGUGGUCAAAAAGCGAGGUCGUCCACCACUGCAGAACCCAACUGAAUCCACACUUUUAAGGAAGGAAAGAAGACUGAAACAACAUGCUAAAGGAGGAACUAGUGGUGCAAAGAAUGCUCAACCCGAUACUGUCUGA